GCUACGUGCAGAUGUCCGCGUUCUUCUUUAUUCUUGCCCCACCCGUGCAGCACAUGGAGACCGGCUGCCUUCUUAGCUAUUCGUCGUGGAAGGCCCGUGGCUGGUGCCGCCUCGAGCGUGCUGCGCACUGCCUGUCUUUGGAGUCGAUGUCGGCGCCGGUGGUGGUGGAGGGGCCGGAGCUGCAAUAUGCGACACACCACGUGGAGACGCUGCUGCAGCCGGUGGGAGCCGGGGAAUUCCGCUCAGAAUAUGACAAGGAGAAGGCCGCCUCUCUCCUAAGAGCUAUGGUGACGAGGAAGAUGGACUUUUACCAGGACCAUGGAGACCUCCAGAGGUAUAGAGUGAUGUUGAACACUCGGCAUCUCUACUUGCAGAAUCUCCCGCUGGAAAACGACAGCUUCAACUUGGGCUCUCCCGCUGGUUUUCUUUCCGGCAAAGUUUCUGGCCGUGCAGAUCUGUCCUCGUUCAUGCGAUGGAACGACUUCGAUGCUCUGGAACCUUGUGCAAACACUUGGCCUCCGCUGAUUGCUGCCGCCUUGUCAGGUGGAGCCUCGCUCGUGGCAGAACUUUUGAAUGCAGAGGCUGACGUGAACUAUCAGGUACCGGAGUCGGAGCCAAUCCUGAACGUCGCUGCCGGAAUGUCUGCGCUGCAUAUCUGCAGCAUGCUCGGCAACAACAGGGCAUU